CAUAUUCCAAUAUGACAUAAUGAAGAUGUUUGCCGUUACUUCUUUCAUAAUUAUUACUGCUCAUAGGUACACUCUGUUGCAACAUUUCUGUCUAUCUUAGUAACUGCACCCUGAUCAUCCAGACCAGUCAAAGUAGAUUCUGACUCAUUAAUAUUUCAGUACAGUGUAAUGAAAUCCAGGUAACCCAGUGGCUGUGCUACACAUACGCAUGGGAUGGCCACUGUGAAGAUGAACGCACCUGUAAGUACCUUAUUUUUAGCGUGUAAAGAAGGAGACUAAAAUAGGGAAAUUAAGACUGGCAUGAUAGUGUGAAUUUCCAUAUUUCUCCAGUUGUGUGAGGGAGCUGAAACAGUGAGAGUGGGAGUUUUACUUACUGAAAACCAAGACUGUGUAGUUAUUGCUGAAGAAGGACAUGGUGUGGACUACAAAUCUGGAAAAGAUGAGGGAGCAAAGUCCUUCUCCUUUGACCAAGUUGUGACUGUUGACAACAUACAGAGUUUCCACCCUGAGCUCCUGCAGCCUCUCACUGGGUCAAUAUCCAGGGGUUAUAAUGGAGCGCUGCUGAUAUGUGGAGCCUCCUCAGAGAAGAUAAGCACUCUGAUUGACCACAGUAUCAUCAAACAGGUGGAGCCCAAAACAAAAUUACACUUAAUUUUGGCAGAAUAGUGUUUGCUCACUAUUCAUCUUGUCUUAGGUCUUGGCUGAUGUGUUUAGUCAUAUGUUGUCGCAAGAGAAUGAGGAGUUGUUCAUCUCUGUGUCGUACCUUCAGUUUUAUCCAGAUGGCAGUGCUGUGGAUCUCCUGAGCUCCAAGGCAGACAGACAAACUCUAAAACUUGUGGCACACGACAUCCUUGGAAAUCUUGUAGGAGGUUUAAGUGAGGUGUGUGUGUGUUCAGCAGAAGAAGCCUAUGCUCUGUAUGAAACAUGCAGCGAGAGACUGAAGGCUAAUGCAGGCUCCAUUUCCAGCAGGUGUAGUGGCCUGUUCUCUGUCACUGUUGAGCAGAAACUUCAUCCGGAAGAGGUGGAGUCAGAGGUCUGCCGCAGCAGACUGCAGCUGUUCAGACUGGCAGGAGGAGCCAGCCGGACUGACCUCAGAGGAGUCAGCCCACUGGUGAAGGUUGUGGAGCAAACCCCAUGUGAAGCUACAAGUGACAAGAUCCUCUCUUUCCUCCUAAAUGAUGCAUUAACUGGAAACAGCAGGACGACCCUCAUCUACUGUAUCCAGCCUCGUGGUCUUCUAGAUGAUGAGACCCCCUCCGCUUUAGCAUUGGCUCAGAAAGUGAGAAAUUUGGUGACUAAGGCCACUGUUAAUCGCUGGUGUCCAAGGGCAACUGUGCAAAAGAUCCGCAAUGACAUUGUGGAUCUAAGAACCGAGAUGAUGUCAGAAGGGGAAAGUGAUGUUCACAACACCUUCAGGCUAGCAGAGUUAACCCAAAACCUGCAGAUUGUGAAAAAUCAGUGUUGGGAGAAGAGGAGGGAAGAGUCAAAGAAGAUAAAAGGCAUAACACAGAGUUGUUGGACCCCAAAUAGCAGUUUGCACAGCAGUGAUCACAGAGAGGGGACAGACACAAUGAAAUAUUUACAAGCCCAACUGAAACAAGAAAUGGAAGAACAUAUCAGAGAAGGUAAAGGGAACGUGGAGAAAGUGCAGGAGAGAGUAGCAAGAAUCCAGCAGCUGAGAGAAGCUCUCAGAGAGGAGACACUGAAGAACGGAGCUGCUACUGAGAAAUCUGACCUCUGUCAACAAUCUCAGCUGGAAUACAGCAAAGCACUGGAGCGCAGGAGGCGACUUAAGGAGGACCACAGGAGAUUAAUUCAGGAGGAGGUGGAGAAGAUGGAAAGAGACUUGGCACAAGAACAGCUACCGACAGAAGGCCCCCAGAGAGAGCUGCUGGUGCUGACCAGAGAGAGGCAGGUCCUGGUGUUGCAGAUAGAGGCCCUGCGCGCUGAGGCCCAGCAGGCUGAGAGAGACCUGCAGAAUCAAUAUCACAAACACCAAACAGAGCUGCACUGUGUGAGAGAAGAGAGCCUGCAGGUGUUCCGAGUGUUUCAUCAGGUAAGUGAGGAGCAGAGGAGGAUGUCAGAGGGCAGAUACAGAUGUGUGCUGCUGGAGGCUGUGCAGGAUGCCAUCUACCUGUCUGCCCACAACCAGGAGCUGCAGGCUGACAACAAACAACUCCGUAAAGCACUGGGAGAAUUAAAGGAUAUUCUAGCUGUGCGAGGUGAUCCUACGGCUGAACUGUUAUCCCAACAACAAAAAUGACAGAAAUACGCUUAUGAAUCAUGGA